AUGGAAUUGAGUGUUGAAGCGAAUAGGUGGAAUGGAGGAUUAGCUUUGACUCAUUUGCAUACGUAUGUUGGUGCAUUGGACAGUAUUGGUGCCGCUUUGAACGCUCUUGAAGUCCCUGAGUUAAGUCAACUCAGGGACUCAGUAGGAGGAUCAGGAUCGUGUGUUCUUGUCACUAAGGAAACGGCCCGUGCGUCUCUGACUGACAUCUGUGAAUGGAACCAGAUUGUACAAGCGAAUGCUUGCCACUUCGCUUCGAUGUGCUCGUCUUCAAGAUGA